AUGGCCUCAUACAGCAACCGCUUGCCCGACGGUGUGUCGUCCAGGAUGGUCCCAGUCGCGGAUCUGGACAUGCACAUACUCGAAGCCGGCGACCCAGCCCGCCCCCUUAUCCUCCUGCUGCACGGCUUCCCCGAGCUCGCCUUCUCCUGGCGCGAGGUCAUCCUACCGAUCGCGCAGCUGGGCUAUCGCGUCGUCGUCCCCGAUCAACGGGGCUUUGGCCGCACUCGGAACCGCAGUCAGUCUGGCACAGAUACUUCUGUUCGCUAUGAAGACGACCCCCGUCCGUAUCGGAUACUGAACAUCGUCCGGGAUGCCAUCGCGCUCGUGUACGCCCUAGGAUACCGCACUGUCGCUGCCGUGCUAGGACAUGACGCCGGCUCGCCCAUUGCCGCGUACUGUACACUCAUCCGCCCGGACAUCUUCCAGUCCGUCGUCAUGAUGUCCGCGCCGUUCGGUGGCCCGCCGCCUCUCCACUUCGACGUUGAUCGGGCGCCCAGCUCCUCGCUACCGAGCAUCUUCAGCGCAGAAGCUGGGGCCGCGUUCGCCACGCUAGACCCCCCUCGAAAGCACUACGUACGCUACUUCGCCGGGCCGCGAGCGAACGACGACAUAAUGAACGCGCCUCAGGGCCUCUACGCCUACCUCCGCGCAUACUUCCACAUGAAGAGUGCGGACUGGCCGCACAACGAUCCUCACGAACUCGCGUCCUAUGACCCGUCGGAGCUGGCGAAGCUCCCUCACUACUAUAUGAUGCCGCUCGCUGCGACCAUGCCCGAAGCUGUGGCGCCUCACGCGCCUUCAAGCGAAGCCGCCGCGCAGAAUCGAUGGUUGCCAGACAGCGAUCUUGCGGUGUACGUCGUAGAAUACGGGCGCACGGGCUUCCAGGGCGGGCUGAACUGGUAUCGUGCAAUGCAGCCCGAGCUCUCCGACGAACUAGCUAUCUUCGCGGGGAGGAAGAUAGAGCGCCCGGCGAUGUUCCUGUCUGGGAGGAAGGACUGGGGCGUCUUCCAAGCCCCGGGGGCGUUACAGAGGAUGAAGAGCGACGCUUGUGCACGGAUGGAGGACGAAGACGUCGUCCUCGUUGAGGGUGCAGGUCAUUGGGUGCAGCAGGAGCAGCCUGAGGAGGUCGUGAGACAAAUCGAGCGGUUCUUGAAGAAGGUAGUGUUUUGA